CGCGGCCCCGCGGCCCGCGCGCUCCUGGGCGGGGGAUGUUGUGAUGGAGAAGCCGCGGCGGAGCCCGAGCCCCGCAGCCUGAAUCGCCUCCGCCGCCUGGGCCUGGGGCCUCGCCGCGCAGGAUCUUCCAAGGCCAUGUCUGUUCCAUCGUCACUGAGCCAGUCGGCCAUUAAUGCCAACAGCCACGGAGGCCCCGCACUGAGCCUACCCCUGCCAUUGCAUGCUGCCCACAACCAGCUGCUCAACGCAAAGCUGCAUGCCACAGCUGUGGGACCCAAGGACCUGCGCAGCGCCAUGGGGGAGGGUGGUGGGCCCGAGCCAGGCCCUGCCAAUGCCAAGUGGCUAAAAGAAGGCCAGAACCAGCUCCGGAGAGCUGCCACGGCCCACCGUGACCAGAACCGCAAUGUGACCUUGACCCUGGCAGAGGAACCCAGCCAGGAACCUGAGACAGCACCCUUGGGCCCCAAAGGUCUGAUGCACCUCUACUCUGAGCUGGAGCUCUCAGCCCACAAUGCAGCCAACCGAGGGCUCCGAGGACCUGGUCUGAUCAUCAGCGCCCGAGAGCAGGGGCCAGACGAAGGAGAGGAGAAGGCGGCAGGGGAGGCUGAGGAGGAUGAUGAGGAAGAGGAUGAUGACGAGGAGGAGGACUUAUCUUCUCCACCAGGGCUGCCUGAGCCCCUGGAGAGUGUGGAGGUUUCCCCGGGGCCCCAGGCCCUUGCAGAGGGCCCCCGGGAGCACAGCAAGAGUGCCAGCCUCCUGUUUGGCAUGCGAAACAGUGCAGCCAGUGAUGAGGACUCAAGCUGGGCUACUUUAUCCCAGGGCAGCCCCUCCUACGGCUCCCCGGAGGACACAGAUUCCUUCUGGAACCCCAACGCCUUCGAGACGGAUUCCGACCUGCCAGCUGGAUGGAUGAGGGUCCAGGACACCUCAGGAACCUACUACUGGCACAUCCCGACAGGGACCACCCAAUGGGAGCCCCCAGGCCGGGCUUCCCCAUCACAAGGGAGCAGCCCCCGAGAGGAGUCCCAGCUCACCUGGACAGGCUUUGCCCAUGGAGAAGGCUAUGAGGAUGGAGAGUUUUGGAAGGAUGAACCCAGUGAGGAGGCCCCUAUGGAGUUGGGAUUGAAGGACCCUGAGGAGGGGACAUUGACCUUCCCAGCUCAGAGCCUCAGCCCAGAGCCGUUGCCCCAAGAAGAGGAGAAGCUGCCCCUACGGAAUGCCAACCCAGGGAUCAAGUGUUUCGCUGUGCGCUCCCUGGGCUGGGUGGAGAUGACCGAGGAGGAGCUGGCCCCCGGACGCAGCAGUGUGGCAGUCAACAAUUGCAUCCGUCAGCUCUCCUACCACAAAAACAAUCUGCACGACCCCAUGUCUGGGGGCUGGGGGGAGGGAAAGGAUCUGCUGCUGCAGCUGGAGGACGAGACGCUAAAGCUGGUGGAGCCACAGAACCAGGCCCUGCUGCACGCCCAGCCCAUUGUCAGCAUCCGCGUGUGGGGCGUCGGGCGGGACAGCGGAAGAGAGAGGGACUUUGCCUACGUAGCUCGGGAUAAGCUGACCCAGAUGCUCAAGUGCCACGUGUUUCGCUGUGAGGCACCCGCCAAGAACAUCGCCACCAGCCUGCAUGAGAUCUGCUCUAAGAUUAUGGCUGAAAGGCGCAAUGCCCGUUGCUUGGUCAAUGGACUCUCCCUGGAUCAUUCUAAACUAGUGGAUGUCCCUUUCCAAGUGGAAUUCCCAGCACCUAAGAAUGAGUUGGUACAAAAGUUCCAAGUCUAUUACCUGGGGAAUGUGCCUGUUGCUAAACCUGUUGGGGUAGACGUGAUUAAUGGGGCCCUGGAGUCAGUCCUGUCUUCCAGUAGCCGUGAGCAGUGGACACCAAGUCAUGUCAGCGUGGCCCCUGCUACCCUCACCAUCUUGCACCAGCAGACAGAGGCAGUGCUGGGGGAGUGUCGGGUGCGCUUCCUUUCCUUCCUGGCUGUGGGCAGAGAUGUCCACACAUUUGCAUUCAUUAUGGCUGCCGGCCCAGCCUCCUUCUGCUGCCACAUGUUCUGGUGUGAGCCCAAUGCUGCCAGCCUCUCAGAGGCAGUGCAGGCUGCGUGCAUGCUCCGCUACCAGAAGUGUCUGGAUGCCCGCUCCCAGGCCUCCACCUCUUGCCUCCCAGCACCCCCGGCUGAGUCCGUUGCCAGGCGUGUAGGGUGGACUGUCCGCAGGGGUGUUCAGUCACUCUGGGGCUCCCUUAAGCCCAAACGGCUGGGGACCCAUACCCCCUGAAGAAACCCACGGUCCUCCUCCUACCUGCUCCAGGGAACUCAAGGUAUGGGGCAGGUAGGGGCCCUAGAGGUGAUUACCAGGCCUCGGGCCCCUCCAAAAAUGCCCCUCCUCAGUAGCUGGGGUUCCUGCCUAGGAGCUGGGGAGGGAGAAAUUUAAUCCCUUUGAGGAAGUGACAACACUGGAUUGAUGUUGCGGAGCAGGAAGCAAGGCCAGCCCCAGGCUCUCCAUCCCCACGUAUUUCAGGUGGAGCAGGAGGGACUGGUCUAGGCCGUGCCCCAUCCUCAUAUUGGCCAGCAGGGGCAGAAGGUGAAGGGGUCUGGUUCUGGCAUGGGUCCCCUCCCUCUGCCCUGUGGGCACCUCCCCUGUACUGAUAUCACUAAUAAAGUCUGUCUGCCCUGCU